AGAGAGAGAGAGAGAGAGAGAGAGAGAGAGAGAGAGAGAGAGAGAGAGAGAGAGAGUUUCUUCAGCCACGCAGCAGACAGACAGGACCAUAUAGUGGACGCUGCUCCUCUCCUGUCUCCUCCUCCAUCAUCAGAACCACACGAGACCACCCCAACCCACCUGAGGAAUAAUGUCUCUGAGCAACACCACGGACACAGGUGAGGGGGGGUACGCCUGUGUGCGCUUCUACGUCUCCACCAUCUCCUUCUCAGUACUGCUUUUCUUCAACCUCAUCAUCAACUGGACCAUCGUUCGGGAGAAGAAGCUGCGUCGACACGCGCGCUUCGUGCUGGUCUUCCACCUGCUGGUGUCCGCGCUGGUCCACCUGGGCAUGAGCAGCAUCUUCAACUACCAGAUCCACCUGAGCGCGCGGCCGAGCCGCUCGGCGUGCAUGGCCAUGAUCACGGUGCUGAUCAGCAGCGCCUCCAACAUCAUGCUGACGCUCACCGCCAUGGCUCUGGACCGCUUCUGCGCCGUGUGCCAUCCCAUGCGCUACACGUCCACCUGCACGGCGGGGUUCUGGCCCUGGCUGCUGGGGGUGUUCACCUGGAUGGUGGCACUGCUCAUCCCCCUCAGCCUGAUCUUCCAGCCGGACCAUGAGUACAACAAUAAGUGCAGCCGGGACCAGCUGAAGAAGGGCGAGCUGCAGAAGAUGCUCUUCAUCGGGGUGUGCACGCUCCUCAUCCUCUACACCUACGUGAGGAUUCUAGUGGAGAGUCGGAGGCUCGGUGUCCUCAACCGGCGGAACCGAGCCGGUUGCAGGACCAUCGCCCUCCACGGAACCCAGCUGGCCGUUUACAUCUUGCCGAACUUUGUGAGCUACCCGUUGACGAUCCUGUUUAAUACGAAGUCCAUUCAGAAGGAAACCAAAGAGCUGGCGGCGGUGGUGAUUUUCGCCGCCUUCAGCGUGGCGCAGUGCAUUGCGCCAGUUGUGUACGGCCUGCGCAAGGACGAGCUUCUGGAGCAGCUGAACCACAGAUUCCCCUGCUGUUCCCGGUAUCUAAAGUCGGUCCUCGGGUGGACUGUAAGAGCCAGCUGGUCUCACAUACCACCUAGCAGCAGGGACCGCUCGCUGACGGCACAGACCAUCCUUUCGUUAGAGACCCCACUUGGAGACAAGGAGGAGGAAGAAACCGGGCCCUUGUCAGUCUCCCCUUUCUCACAGUCGUCUCAAGGAAGUAAGGACAAAACCUGAAGGGACCGGUUCAGGAUCUCACAUGUGAUUGGAAAACUUCACUGAGCAGCUGGUACUCUUUUCAGGAUCAAACCCAGUGUAACAGUUUUCUUGACUACAGCUUUGAGGAUCUACACCAGAAAUGUUCAGGCCACGAUACGACAUCGGUGUGGGAAAACUGGGUAGAAAAGCAGUGUCUGGGAAGCGCAUCUGAAGACAGACGGCCCAGCUCCGUUUACGAUGACACAUCAAUCACGAUCUCACCCCGUUUGGCUUAAACGGAUUAGCAUGGGUCUUUUAAAACAGUUUGUGUUACCUGUUACACAUAGCUCUUUGAGCAGUCUGUUUUCAGAAACAAAGAUGAGUGCCUAGCCUAGAUGGGGCCACCUGCAGAAGUGUCCUAAAGGUUGAAUAUGGAACAAUUAAAUAAAAAGCUAUAUUUCUAUAAAUAAUGCCUCCAGAGGUGUGUAGAAUGUAGCUACAGUAUUUUCUUUAAAAGCUAUAUUAUAAAUAAAAAAUAAUUACUUAUUUUGACACUGGGUUUAUGUUUACGUCUACCAGCCAAUAGAGGGAACAGUCUGCUCGACACAUCAGGGCUGGCACAGUGGAAAGCGGCGGACUCGACAAGUCAAGCUGCUGCUUCUGAGCCCAGAAGAUGUUCUAACGUUAAAUACGGCUGUGAAAUAAACUUAUUCGUAGAAAUGAAUCCUUACCCACGAUAUGGUGCUGGCUGGUCACUUCACGUGUCGCCAGCGAACUCCCCACAGAUGGAAACCUUGUUCUGUUGUUGCAGCUACAAUCUCCACACACUAGAUGUCGCUAUGGUGUUCAUGUUCCAUAUUUCACCUUUAACUCUGAAUCCUAAAAAGUACGUAGGAAUUGUUACCAUUUAUUUGUUAGACAUUUUUCCUUUUACAAAUUCCCAUAAACUUCCACAUUAUGCCAGUUCUUAUGUUCUCAUUAGUAUUGCCACAUUAACGUCUCUGUUGUCACAUUAUCCCCCCCAUUCUGUUGUCAUGCAGUUUUCUUGCAUGCAUAUGAAUUUGCAACGUAUUUGUUACUGGACCUUCCAACCAGAAGUGACAGAGCUCUGCACUUCUGGUGGGAAGCAGCAGAGUUAGCUACUGUAGCACAUCAGACAGGAAUUUUGUAACAAAUGUGAGAUUGAUGAGAAUGUGAGUUAUAAAAAAAAUAAGAUUUGUGCUGGUUACAAACAUAUUGGUUUUAUCUGGACCACACACACGUGUAGAUGAGACCUAAAAGAAAAAACUUCUGUCUAAAAGUUGACUUAUAAAAGUCAAGUACCGUAAAUCCUCUAAUAUUGGCCUGUAUUUAAUUAACUGCCGGGUAUCAUAUUUUGGCCGGUGUCGGAGUCGGUGAAUCAUGGCCGGUUUUUUAUUGUGGCUGGGUGGAAUGUGGUAACAAGCAAGUACGGGGGGCGGUUGUUCAUCCGUCUCACUUUUGAUUUGCCAGUGAUAGACCGCGAGGGUAACUUUAACCGUGCGGAGACGAAGAGGCGGCGAAAAUUUGAUAUCACGUUCAAAGAGAACGUGCUGAUUAUGCUGCAGAACACUCUGGGGAGCAGUAGCAGGGGUUGUAUGAACUAGUCACUAGUCGACUUCACCGCUCUAUAGUGACUUUUUAUGCCUGUCAUGGACUUGUCGCUAUCACGUGAUAAUGACCGGCAAGAUGCAGUCCUCGGAAAAGACAGCAGCCUGCUGUCAGCAGGUGACAAGCUCCUGCGCGUCGGGAGGCAAUGCGCUGAGCCAGAGCGUCGGUACUGACACCCGCCGUAAAACGGACAUUUAACCAAAUUGUGUGUUUACUCUCUUGCAAUUUAACAGAGGGGGGAGAGGGCUGAAGCAGAAACUACCGUUGUUAAAACAAAUGUGUUUAACUUUGAAAAUGUGGGCGCAAUUUUAAUUGUCAAAAACUCCAGCGAACCAUUAGUUCAUUUUGCUCAAAUAGAAAUUAAGGCCUGCCUCUAAUUCUGGUCCUCCUUCCAAUAAAGGCCUGGAGCUUGACGAGCUUGAGUCAAAUACAGGCCCGGGUCUGUAUUAGAGGAUUUACGGUAAUUAUUUUUAUUUUUGUUCUUCUGUGUUUUCCAUUUUGGUUAUUUGAAUAAGCUCAUGUUUAGUGAAUCAUUUGCAUACUAAAAGCUGCAUUUUAUGCAAAUUCCUAAUUUAUUACCUUUUUUUAACCCAAGCUUUUCUUAAAUACCUGAGAUUUUUCAAGAAAAGAAGUUAUUUUUUCUAAAACUUUUAAAUGAAAUAAAAAAACAUCAAACAUUAACGUCUCAGCGGUAGUUUUUUCUGAUUUUGCUAAAAUGUUUUGACCCUGCAUGGACGAGCAGGUCUAGAAAAUGGAUGGAUGGUUUCUCGACUGCGUCUGAUGGCGUUAAAUGUUGAUAAUUACCUAGUCAGGUACAGCAACCAAUCUGGAAACGUGCUGGGAAUAAAAAUGAACUCAAAUGGAAUUAGAUCCCAAGUUAGCAUUGUCCAAACAAUAGCGUCGUUAACAUUCAAAAUUUGUUUUUAUUUCCCAGAGUUCAGCUAAAUGGGUGUGUAUCUGGCUGCUGCUGACAUCGUCGUUUGGGUUUCUGUUGAGCCAUGCCGCACGCCAGGGGAUUUCUACAUG